AUGGCAUCUCCCCAUUUGCGUGUGGAGGAUCAUACUUACGAUGAUCUUUCCAAUAAAUUCGUUGAUGAAGAUGAUGGUGUAAAUCUACCUAGAGGAACAACUUGUGUGAAGGAAAUCAAUUGGAGUGAAUUUACCUCAGAUUCAAACCCUGGUGGUGGAAAUGGAUCGUACUCUGAUUUUUUCACUCAACUCGACGAUUCUACUGCCGUCAUGACGCGGGCUUCAAAUUCAAUCGAUUAUAGAGCUCUCAAUAAAGUCGUAGAUGGUAAUCACACAACUUCUCUUCAAUACAGUUCUCGAUCUACUAACGAUAACCACGAUCACUAUUGUGUCUCGGAAACAGUCGGGGGACAGUACUGGGAAAACCUAUAUCCAGGGUGGAGUUACGAUCCAAACACUGGCCAAUGGUAUCAGUUGGAUAGUUACCAUGUUAGAGAUCAGCAGAUCUCUUACAAUAAUAAUAAUGAUUCAGCACACAUGGUGUUUGAUCCUCAAUACCCUGGUUGGUUUUACGACACAAUUACACAAGAAUGGAAGCCACUGGAAUCUUAUAAUGAUGCUGUUAUGAAUGGACAAACUAGUUUUCAUUCUCAACAGCAGAAUCAUAAUGAUGUUCGAGAUUAUUCGGAUUGGAAUGAUGAACAAGCAUGGAAAACAUCAUCACUUCCUCAAACAGGCCAUCAUUUCAUCCACACCAUGGAAUUGGAUCGGCAGAAUGGCUUCAUACCUGCUAAUGGAUUCUCUAAUCAUUUUGAAAAUUGUAAGAAUGAUUCCAGAAAAGAGAUGCAAUUCUCAAACGGUAACUUUCAACAGACAGAGUUUAAUCAAGGGAUCAGUCAUUUCCCUUGUAUCUCCAAUGAAGAGAAAAUGUCAAUUAGACAUCUUCCACAUGCUUUAGCAACAUUUGGUUUCGGUGGAAAGCUUAUAGUCAUGAAGAACAAUUCUCCUCCAAAUUCGAUAAACGGUGGCCAGGUUAGCAAAGCCCCCAUUGCAAAAGCUUUAAUUGAAGACUCAGCUGGAGGUGUGAUUAAAAUCCUAAACUUGAUGGAUAUUUUCAGGGACAAAAAUGAUCUAUCUUUCCCAGGCCCAUUAGUCGGUGGCAAUGUUGGAAGUAAAGAGGUGAAUAGAUGGAUUGAUGAGAAGAUCUCUAGCAACAGUCAAAUUCCAUAUAUGGGUAACAGGAAAGGUUCACUUUUGAGUUUGCUCUUUUCUUUGCUGAAAAUAGCAUGCCAUUAUUAUGGAAAACUUCGAUCUCCUCUUGGAACCGACUUCACAUUGAUGAAGGAAACUGACUGCGCAGAAUCAGCUGUUGCUAAGCUAUUUGCAUCAUCGUCUAAAAGAAACGGUUGUUAUGCCAAUUCUGGACUAUGCCUGCAGAAUGUGCCAUCAGAAAGAAAACGUCAGGCUGUUGCUCAUGAGGUACAGAAGUGUUUGGUUUAUGGAAGAAUGAGAGAAGCUUUACAACUUGCACAGGGAGGUCAAUUGUGGGGACCGGCCAUAGUUCUUGCUGCACAACUUGGCAAUCAGUCUUACAAUGAUACUGUGAAACAAAUGGCACUUCAGCAAUUAGUAGCAGGAUCACCAUUGCGAACAUUGUGGUUGCUUAUUGCAGGACAACCAGCUGACAUUUUCUCCAGUACAGCACAUACCAGCAUUGUUCAUGAUUCUGUAAAGAUUUCUCAUCAUCCUGCUGAGAUUGGAGCUAUAUGUAUGCUUGAUGUUUGGGAAGAGAACAUAGCCAUCAUAGCAGCAAACAGAACAAAAGAUGAUGAGCUUGUAAUUACUCAUCUUGGAGAUUGCCUAUGGAAGGAAAGAGGCGAGGUCACUGCUGCCCACAUUUGUUAUCUAGUUGCCGAAACAAACUUCGACUCAUAUUCUGAUAGCACGAGGCUCUGUCUCGUUGGUGCAGAUCAUUGGACAUUUCCUAGAACAUUUGCAAGUCUGGAAGCCAUUCAGAUUACAGAAAUAUUUGAAUAUUCAAAGGUACUUGGAAAUCCACAGUUCAUCUUGACACCCUUUCAGCCAUAUAAGAUUAUUUAUGCUUACAUGCUGGCUGAGAUGGGAAAGAUAGGAGAUUCACUUAAAUACUGCCAAGCUAUUUCCAAGUGUUUAAGAACUACCCGAGUCCCUGAAGCCGAGUCAUGGAAAAGUUUAUUAUUAUCUUUGGAGCAAAGGAUCAAAAUCUAUCAACAGGGUGGAUAUUCAGUGAAUUUGGGUCCAGUAAAAUUAAUGGGGAAAUUACUGAAUUUGUUCGACACAACAGCGCAGCGUGUGGUUGGACUCCCUCCACCCGUUCCACAUAGUCCACAAGGUGGUGCUAAACAUGUAAAACACGACCAUCCUCCUUCUAAAGGAGGAGAAGGAAACGGAGUGUCAUGUAGUCAGUCUGCUAUGGCUAUGUCAUCUUUGGUGCCUUCAGCUUCAGUUGAACCAGUAUGUGAUUGGGGAGGCAAUAAUCUUAAGCCGAGGCAUAAUCGAAGCAUUUCAGAGCCAGAUUUUGGAAAAUCUCCAAGAAAAUUUGUUCAAGUUGGUUUUACUCAUCAUCGAACUCCUCAAAAACAAGAGAAAUCAUCAGCACUAAGCGGUGGAUUUGCACGUUUUGGACGAUUCGGGUCUCAGAUAUUCCAGAAAACUGUGGGAAUGGUGCUAAGAUCCCGCACUGAUCGACAGGCUAAACUGGGUGAUAAGAACAAGUUUCAUUACGACUCAAAACUCAAAAGAUGGGUAGAAGAAGGGGCAGACGUCCAACUCACAGAAACAACAUUGCCACCUCCUCCCCCUAAGAUUGCAGCUUUCCCUGAUAAAACCUCUCAACAACAGCAACCACAAUCUGGAGACUCGCCGAAAAAGAAAACCCAUAAUCAAACAGCAAUAACAAAUUCAAACAACUUAUCGGGUGGUGGACAUAUUGGAAUUCGUUCCAGGUACGUGGAUACAUUCAACAAAGGUGGCGGCGUGAGGUCAGAAAAUGAGUUUGAGUUUCAGGGUCCGGGUCCGGGUGCAAAACGAAAUGGAAGUGGUGGGGUACCUAAGUUUUUCGUACCAGGGCAAGUACAGCAGCCGAUAUCGACAGCAGCAGCAGCAUUGUUGUCACCUUCAAUGCAACGACUUCUUAGCUUUGACGAUAUAGCAAGAAAGAAAGGAGGAGAUGGAAUAAUCUUAAGCAACCAGAACGGUCACGGUUCUUCUCCUCAGUCGAGGCGUACGGUGUCAUGGAGCGGGUGCUUUCCGGAUCUUUCCGAAGAAGACGGCAGUGGGGUUGUUCUCCCAGUCCCCACCAUUUCUCAGGAACAACAAGCCCUACAAAAUAGGGAAAGAUCCGCAAUAUGCAGUCCUUCAGCUUGA